GUGCAAAUGUGUGCGAGAGUGGAGAGCAGAAAGAUUUCUCGUGGUUUCUGGAAGAAGAGCGGGAGUUGGAGCAAGGACCGAACCAGUACUCACGAUGGCGACCCCGGCGGCAAUGGUAGAGGAGAUCAGCAAGCUAAGCGUGGAGCAGCUGCGUCAAGUGAAGGAGCAGGUCGAUGGGGAAGUCUCGGUUUUGCAGGACAGUUUGAACAAUAUCCGGACUGCCGCCAAUCGCUUUGAAAUGGCUUCCAAGUCUCUCAAUAUGCUUUCCACGCAGCCUGCUGGAAAGAAAAUGCUGGUCCCCUUGACAGCUUCGUUGUAUGCAUCGGGAACGCUGGCAAAUACAGAUCACGUGUUGGUAGAUGUAGGUACCGGCUACUUUAUCGAGAAAAGUUUGCCCGAGGGGAAGGACUACUGUGAACGUAAAAUAAAGUUUUUGAAAGAAAACCAUCAAAAGCUAGUGGAGGUGGCAAGUGGGAAGCAAAAUGCGGCAGAGCAGAUAAGUAUGGUUUUGCAGGCUAAGAUGCGGCAACCGUCAUCUCCUCAACGGUCGUGAAAACUGUGGAUACUUCUUUGUAAACUUUUACAGGAAACCUUAAAGCUUCACACUUGCCUGUUUGAAGUCUUCUGUUCGAAAUUCUGCAGCUGGCAUAUGGAUACGAUAGUUCUACUUCCACGAAAUCAAUGGAGUGCACACUUCAUUGAACCAUGGUACAGCAAUAGGAAAUGCUUCGGUAGCAACAAAAUUGGGCAGUGCUACCGCAACAAUUAGGUUAGAAAGAUGUCUGGCAGUGCAUAUUAGCCCAUCAGUCAGCUGGUCAGUCACAAGUAUGUAUUUAUCAAUCAGAAGUUCUCUGCGGUGCAUCGGUUUCGAGUAACGCUGACUAACCUCUUUAUGAGUGACGCAUUCCUCUUAACCAUGUUGGUUUCUUCAAGAGGUGCGAGUGAAACUUCGUCCAUGAUAAGAUAUUGAAGGAUGUAAAUUUCUCGAUC